AUGCGAAUUUUCGCGCUGGCGAGGAUACUGCCCCGCGCUGAGAACAUAAAGAGCAGUGCUACACCCUUUUUUCACUUGUGCCUUUCAGGUGAACGACAGCCACUGACCGACAAGAACAAAACCGACCCGGAGAACUUGGGCAAAAGCCUCGAUCCUGUGUAUCAAUCCGUAAAACAAUGUAUACGUGUCAAUGGUUCCCUACUACAUGUGGGCGAUCUCUCCUAUCAGCUAACGGGGCGGUUAGUCAUAAUGGCUAUCGGCAAAGCUUCACUGGGAAUGCUGAGGUCUCUAUAUGAUAUACUCCAUACAAAAAUGGACCUUGCCAUUUGCUGUCUCCCCGAACACGCUGGAGACGAUGAGGAUGAGAACUACCGACAACUGAUGGGCAUCGGUGAAAGUUCAUUUAUGCGAAACCCCAGAGUAAUGCUAUUCUUCGGUGACCGUAGCAACUUGCCGAAUCAGGAUGUAGUGAAAGGGUCGGAACUAGCCUACCAAACUGCUCUCAGUUUGACUGCCGACGAUCUGUUGUUGGUCGCUCUCACAGGUGGUGGUUCGGCGCUACUCACCCUUCCCAAGCAGUUCCAUAACGACCGACUCACUUUGAAUGACCUUGUUCUCACCACAAAGUUGGUAUCUGCUGCUGGUGCCGAUAUUCAACAGUUGAAUGCUGUACGAAGUUGCUUAGAUGAACUCAAGGCGGGUGGACUCGCGCUAGCCGCUUAUCCGGCUCAGGUGGUCACUCUAAUCGUCUCAGAUGUCAUCGGUGAUCCUAUACAGUACAUUGCCAGUGGCCCUACAUUUAUUGAACCGGACACUACACAAUCCCAGAGGGUCCAGCGGUGUGUUGAAAUACUCAGGAAUUAUGACGUUUGGAACAAGGUACCCGGGAAGAUCCGCGAGUAUUUGGAAAGUGAACUUUCUGGGUCAAAUUUGGGGGAGGGCAGACAUCCACGAGUGAUUAACUUGGUGAUUGGAAACAACAUGGUUGCACUGAAUUCGGCUGCGAAGAGUGUGGAGACUGAGACAUCAGCUUCAAACAGCGAAUCACAAGGCAGGUACGUACUGCCAAUCAUUCUGACCAACGAAUUCUGCGGCGAUGCGACGGAAAAUGGACGCCUGUUGGCUGAAUUACUUUGGUAUACGGCUCGCUACAUACUGAAAUUGCUCGAAAAUGAUUCUCAUUCCCUACCAGUGGAAGCCGGGAAAAGCGACGAAAAACUCCAAGACCUACUGGCUCAACUGACAAAAACGGCAACAAAAUCCGGUAGCAACCUUGCACAGACCAGCUUUGUACUCAAGGCGUGUUUACAAGUUGCUUCGACCCUGGCUAAGGCGCCUAAGAACGCUUAUGGUGGGAUUGUCUUCCUCUUGGGAGGGGAAGCCACGGUUGUUGUUCCUCACAAGAUCAACCCGAGCACUUCUGUAGGUGGACGAUGCAGCCAUUUGGCCUUGUCAGCGGCAAUCAGAUGGUUUGAAUUGAUGCAGGGUUCCGAGUUACCGACGUCCGUUGAUAUAGGACUUCUUGCCGGUGCCUCAGAUGGCCUUGACGGGCCUGCUGCCUGUGGCGGUGGGAUGUGGGUUAGUGCGUCCGACGCCAUUUGUACGGAGAAUACAUACCACGAAGCAGAGGAAGAACUCCGUCGGUGCAAUUCCUACGGUUUCUUCCGCAAAAAUCACAUUGGGACAAUUCUCCCCGCUCGACUGACCAACACUAACGUGAUGGAUUUGUUGAUCGGUGCUUCACUGGUUCAGAAAUGCCAUUUGCUAUGAAAAUUAUUUGAUAUAAUUUCUUUCCUUUCUGUUUUUAUGAUUUUGUACAUUUGAUUCGGUAGAAUAACAACGAAAAUCAAUAAAUAUCACAAGAAUCAGCUCUGAGUGGAUUCAUCUUCACUUUCUGUAGAGGUCAGUUCACCUUCCUCACAUUCAUCCAUGCGUGGGUCAACCGGGUGCAUUUUCACGGAGAAGGAAGUGGAAUAACCGGUCGGAUUUUCUUCAUUGACCAAGCCGUGAUUAGGCGCUUCGCUGUUAUGCCCGGCCUUGAAAUCCAUCGCUUGCGGACUACCUUCAUCCUCGAAAUUUGCGGGGACUCGGGUUGUUGCUUCCACAUCUUCGAUUUCACUUAUUUCCACGCUCACAUCACUGAGAGUCACGGAGCUUGCGAUGAGUUGCUUUUCUUUGGCUUGCUUUAGUUGUUUCCGUUUCC